AUGCAGGGGUUGGUGCUAAAUUGGAUGAGUAGACCCUCCAAUGCGCGCAUACACAAAUUGGAGGAGGAAAAUGCUCGUUUGCGCGAUCAAUUGUGUUCAAGAAGUCCAGAGUUGAGCGGCUCGUAUUCUGAUGCUGAUCAGGGAGGCAUUCAUUUGGCUGAAGCCACAAAUCCCAUUGAAUCUAUAAUUACUCUGAACACCUUCAGCGAUCAGACUCAUCCAACAAAGGCGCAAGUUGUCUCUCCUUCUAACCAUUUAUCGACCGGGCAACCCGACAGUGCCGCUUUUCAUGGCCCUUCCAGCGGAGCUACACCCGUAGAAACCGUUCGAGACCGGCCUCAUAUACCCAACUCCGACGAGUUUGUCAAGAACCAACUUUUGGCAGAGACAACUAGGCAACGCCAAUUAGAAAAGGUCAACCUCAGAGCAGGAAAGUUUGACUUCCGCGGUGUCGACCCCAAAGUCGGCAUGGAUCUUCUUUCCAAGUUCUGGAACCGCCAACACUACAUGGGCUCAAUCGUGUAUCGACCAGCCUUUAUGCGCGACAUGGCUUGCAAAGGUCCUUACUACUCCGACCUCCUCCUCAUAGCCAUGCUCUUCGCUGGCUCUAUGCAUACCGUUGACGCAGCCGCUCUCCGAAGCACCGGCAAGCUGAAUUCUAUUGGGCGUCCAUAUCGCAUGAAAUUCGAACAAGCCUUGCACGCUUCUGGCUCUCAAGUGUUAUUCAAGAGUGAAAUCACUACCAUACAGGCGCUGCUGGUCGUUUCUGAUGCACUGUUUUCCUGGUGUAAUGAAAGGAGUCUCUCGUGGCAUUAUUUGGGUAUCGCGAUCAGUAUGCUAAUCGAUCUUGGGUUGCACAUCGAUGGCCCAGCUCGAAGAUGUUCAAAGAAAACCUCUGCUGAAGAUACGGAGAUUGAGCGUCGUGUCUUCUGGGCAACAUUCAUUUCGGACAAGGUUCAGUCGAUAUACCAAGGUCGUCCAACUAGGUUACGAGAGCAUGAUAACCGUGUGCCAAUCGCUUUUCGCGAUGAAUAUGAAGAACUGGAGGAUUUUCACACUCGAACCUAUUCUGCGCAACCGUCUCAGUUGGAUUGUCCGACCUAUAGUGUCUCCACGUUUGAGCAGCUGUGCAAACUGAGCAUCAUCAUGGAUCGGACUCUAUGUGCUCUUUAUGCGGAGAGGAGCGCAACAAGGAAUGCUGAUCAAAUAUGGCACACGGCGCAGUCACUCAACAUCGAUCUGAAAUCUUGGAAGGAUGGACUACCGGAGUGUUUGAGGGUAGAUCUGAACGACCCUACUUCCUCUAAUAUCCUUCCGCACAACCUAUCACUGCUGUGA